CAGCAAGCUCACAAAGCGAUAAGCGGAACCAAUCUUAUGCAAAACCGCCUCUAUCGCUGGCAGCGGACCCUCUCUGAACCCUUUCGCAGACCUAGCAUAGAACUAUCAUUGUGUUAAUUGUGUUAACAAGGAGAAAAAUACCAAGAACCACAUGCACACAGUCGUGUCAGCCUUUCGGGCCAACCACACUCACACAUCGGCCGGCACAUCACAUCAGACCGCACCACAUGCACUCACCCACACCCACACCGACACCCAUAUGCUGCACCCACAGGCUGCCAUUCGGUCACACAGCUGCUGCGAUUCACAGACUGAGCGGUGAGCGAUGUGUGCUGAGGAGCAAAACGAUCGACGACAGAGAUGAAUGACAACAGCUAGCACUCAGCAAGCACCCAACUUGAGAUGCCCUCCUGACAACACACACACAGAGGGCAGGGCGGCACUCAGCCACAUGGCGACAGAGGGGAUGUAUCGCUCCGCACCCACCACUGCAUGUUGGCUGAUGAAUCGCUCAGCCGCCGCCCUCCACCUCAUCUGCGCCACCCUCACCUACCCAAAGCACACACACACGCACGAUGUGAUGGAGAUCGAGGUGGUGGUCUAUGUGGUGUGCGUGGAUGUGUACCUCCGCCCUCCUCUCCACUGCCGUCAUUUAUAGUAUUACCAAUCUCAUCGCCGCUGCCAUCGUCGGCAUCUGCACAUACACAGACAACGUCACAGACAACAGAGAGAGAAGGCAUAUCAUCUGUCCGACCAGAGAGAGAAUGUGUUUUAUACUAUUAUUCAUACUAUCAUCCAUACCAUUGUCAUCGUCAUUUUGCUGUUGCUGCUGCUGUUGCUGCUGCUGCUGUUGCUGCUGUUGCUGUUGCUGCUGUUGCUGUUGCCGUUGCACUUGUCCGUCGAAUACGAAUGACGCCACCGCCCUCAACACCACGCGAGCCAGCUGAGUGGUGACGGGGAAGCAGUGCUUAAACAGACCACUCCCAUAGACAGCCAACUCAUUCGUCACGACAUGGACAUAGACUGCAGACAAAUGGAAAGACGAACGCUUGACAUUUGACCAGCAGCACUGCCUCUCUGUCACGCUGACCGGUGUUGUUUCCAAAUGUCCGAAUCUUAACCCACGCGACGAAAGGGUGGCUGCUGUUGGUCAGCACCAGGUAUCGAACGUUACCCCCAUUCGAGCCGAGUGUGGUCGUGCAGCCGGCCACUGGUAUGUGGGGCGACUCGAUGAGGAGACCAUUCAAACGGCCGCCACCGACACCUCUGAACGGAAAGGCAUACACAGAAAUGACUUGCAGUGGUAUUCCCCACCCAACCCCAGUGAAGCCGUUGGUGUCUUGCCUGUUGAGUAUAGUUGAUGUGUUACUGGUCUGAUGAGUCACGUCGAAGCGGUGGAGGAUCAGAUACUUCGCAAAUGACGAUACUGAUGCAUCGGUGAGCUGACCACCGAAUGACACCCAAUGGUUGCGAGGAACCGCGUAGACGAUGCUGCUGCUGGUCACCGGUGGGUCGUGUGAUUGUCUGUGCUGCUGGUAUAGACGGACGGCAGGAAGGGGCGGGUCGACUGUCAGUCUGAAACCGGGCUCGUCGAUGAUCGCCCGCACCUCACCGUUGCCGUGCAGGAACAGCUGCAGGCAGGUGCCGCCACUGAAGUGGACGUGGCGGCCGACCAUCUUCAGCUGCGCCAACACACGGGGAGCCGACACAUAGGCCUGAACACACGAUCACACACACAGACACACAGAGAGAAUGAGUCCCUCUUCGUCCUCUCCCCUCUGUUUGCCGGCUCACCGUUAUGUUUGCGUCUGUCUUGAUAUCAGCGCCACGGAGGAUCACAGGCAGCUCACAGUUCCCGCACUGCCCCGCCAGCUCAAUCACCUCGCUCAUCUCGCCCCAGCCGCCCACCUCCACCACACAUACAGCCGCCAGCAGAUCAUGUGUGGCGAAGUGGUCGUCGUCGAACCGCAGUAGCUGCACUUGCUGCCCAUUCACCGUCCGCCGCAGCCCCGCCUGUGAGCACAGCGAGUGGCUGAGCCGAUCUCUUAGAUGGGCCGCCCCGAAGAGCUCUCUGAGCCACGUGCAGGUGUCCCUCAGCCGGACGACGUCCUUGACGCUGAGGAGGUAGCGGCUCCUCCGGCCCACACAAACAUAUGACACGGGGUGCUGCUGCUGCUCGUGGUGCUGCAUGGGAUGGAUAAGUCAAGACGGUCAGAUGACUGAGGCGCUCGACGAGAGGCUGCACAGAGCGACAGAGCCGACACAGGAUUGUGUGCAUCGAGCAUGCUGCUCACAGAUCUGUGUGCUGCUCACCUCCUUCGAUUCUCAGAUGGACAGAUCAGAGAGAGGUCAACGAGUCACCAUCAGCAGCGGCAGAUGAGGCGCCAUCGCUCCUCAGCCACACUGCACCGAUGGGCCGACAGACACACAGAGAGAGAGGCACACAGAUAGACAGACAGACAGACAGUCGGCUGAUUCUGGUGUCGUGUGUCACAUCCCUCCCAUCUGGGUGUAUGUGUUUGUGUGUGUGUGUGUGUGUGGCUGUCUGCCUGCGCACCGCUGCGGUGUUCGAGUGCAGUCGGCGGUAAGUCACCUCGGCGCCCUCAGCUGCACCAGUGUCUGUCUGUCUGUCGUCAUGACGGACGGCCGCACCCACACUCACUCACUCACUCAACAGACAGACAGACCGACAGACCGACAGACCGACAGACCGACAGACCGACAGACCGACAGACAGACAGACCGACAGACAUCUGCAGCACAGCACACAGAGCAGAGCGGCCGUCUCACAUCAUGGUGAUGCUCGAGGUGUCCCUCACUCACUCACUGACCUGACUGACUCGCCACGUGACAAGCCAAAGUGGACGCCAAAGGACGACGGAUCUCAGCACACAGCCGUGAGGAGGGCUGGGGACCGAACCGAAGAGCCGG